AUGGAUGCUUCGGUGCUGAUAGCUUGUCUUGCCCUGGUAGGGACAUUGCUCAUUGUUCUGCUGCUGCUGUGUCGGUUGAUUCAACCAUACGAUAUAGCUUGGUUUUUGUCCAACCGAGAAGACAAAAUCAAGCUGUCAAAGAUGCAACUUUAUAACCCCAACGGCUAUUUGAUGCAUUCUGGCUCGGACAUCCUGCUAGGUUCCACGGGAAGCUUCCAGCGUUUCGACUCCGUUGAUCGGGAUUAUAAACCUCAGUAUGGACAAGGUCAAGGUCUCACUGUGCCUCCUUGGAGAACUACCUCCGUCGAGGAGUCCGAAAUACCUCCGCAACCCUUAAGACCAGCACCUUCGCCCAAAGAGCCCAAGCUGGUCAGGGACAGAGCCAUUCAGAGACAGACUUCUGAACCGAAACCAUCUACUGGGGUAAUAAUGAUAUCCCCUAUCCCACGUCCGGUUCCUCGCAAGCAGCACUCUGCUCCAAUUUCUUUUCCACUGCCAGUGCUCAGUUCACCAAGGGAGAAGCGCUUCCAGCAAGAAUCUCACUUCUGCACCAAUCCAUUUCUCAACGAGCCACCGCUGAAAGAAGAAGUUGAUCCUCCUCGUCCGGUUUCUCCUCCUCCAGAGCCGCCAUUCCUUCAACGCCUGAUCAAGUCAGCUAACAAUCCAUUCAUAUCAUAUCCUCGGAAACCGGAAGACGAGUGUAUUUUUAGCUUCGAACCGACUGCCGUAAAAUCCGUAUUCGCCGAAGACGACCCACUGCGUCGUGCGGAAAAGCGUCUCUCGAAGAUGGAGAACCUCCGCAAGAUGUCCCGUCUAAUCGAAAGCAAUCAAAUGCUGCUCAACAUCUAUCAGCAAUUCAACGGUACCGUGGAUCGAUGUAGCGAAGGUGAUUCCACCUCUCCUGCUCCUUUCUCAGGCCAUCCUCCGCCAGCUCAAAUCAUUGCUCCAUCAUCGUCCUCUUCCUCAUCUCCAAUAGCUUCUCCCAGACUUGUUAAUUGUUCUCCUCCUUUAAACUUCUCUCCUCCACCGACCCUUCCUCCGCCGAUUCUUCCUCCGCCUUCAGCGAUCAGAACGGACAACAUUAAGUAUCAAGACUCACCGCGAACGGACGCCCUUGACAGCAUUCGGGUCCCGACCGUAUCCAGCAGCAUUAAACACAUCCUUCGUAACCGCUCUUUUUCGGAGACAGAGUUUAGCGAGCGGAAACUCUUCAAAAGCUAUGCACUAGCAUCCGAAACAGAGCCACCAGUUCCUGCCCCGCUGCUCAAAAACUCCUCACACAAAGACUUAAGCCGAUACUAUAGCGGUUCACCCCAACCUUCGUUGCCACCAUUCGGUAACUCUGCUACAUCUCUUCACAAAACUCUGUCGGAGUCAUUUUUGGAGCAAUACUCUUCCCUUGGUCGCACAGAAUGCACCGGUCUUGCGAGUGCGAUGUCCAGUAAUAAUUCAGCAACCACAAUCACCACAGAAAGAUUACGAUCGGUGAUGCCUUCAACGUCUACCGAAUCCGUAGCUUCACAGUCGUCGGUCAUUUUCAGUGAUCUGGAACCGAUGCGACCGAUCACCGGUUAUCUGUGCGUAGGGCUACAGUAUGACAAGACCAGUACUACGAUCGAAGGUACAGAGCUACUAGUUACGGUUCAGGAAGCCAAACAACUGGCUGGUCCACCCGGUGUCGAGAUGGACACUUUUGUGAAGGUGUUUAUCGUUCCCGAUGAGAGCAAAGUGCUGCAGACCAAGGUGUUCAAAAAUAGCAACUACCCCAGCUAUCAGGAAACGUUUAACUUCUGGAUCACCCACAGAAACCUUCGAAGAUCACUUUGGUUUCACUUGUAUCAAACCAGUUCCAAGGAGCAGACACUUAUCGGUGAAUGUGAGUUGCAGAUUAACGAAAACAUCAACCGGCCGAUGACCACCUGGUUGAAACUGGUAGACUCAAGUCUGAAGCAAAGUCAACUCGGAGAAUUGAUGUUUUCGCUGAGUUACCUACCCACAGCGGAACGGCUGACAGUAGUAGUAGUGAAAGCUCGCAACUUGACUCUCAAAAGUCGAGCGAAUCGCUUGAAGCAGCAGCAGCAGCAACAACAAUUGAUCAUAUUUGAUGACCAACCGGAAUCUUUAUCGGAUAAUACCGAUGAGAUGGAUUCCAGCGAAGGAAUUUUUGUUAAAGUUUACCUAUUGAAAAAUGAUAAGAAAGUGUCGAAGAAGAAAACUUCCGUCAAGCGAGGCGAGCGAUCGCCAAUCUACAAUGAGGCGAUCAUUUUCAGCGUUCCUCCGUACAUGCUAAACACUAUUCAGAUUCGCUGUUCUGUAGUGCAUAUGACCAAUCGUGACGGUGGUCCAAACAGUAUUAGUAACAACAAUCCCGCACAUCCUUUAGCUGUCGCAAUGGCAACCUCAACUAAUGAUAAUACACCAAUCGCCAAUGGCAACACCAGUAGCAGCAGUAGUAGUUUGAACCGGAGGCAAAGCGUGAAGCUCGUCUCAGUUGGCCACGUUAUCGUCGGUAGUGGAACGACCGGAAAAGGACUGCGCCACUGGCAUCAGAUGCUGACUACGCUCCGGAAGCCGGUGACCAUGUGGCACGCACUGAAGACCACUUCCGAGCGAAAACGCAACCUACUGGGCGAACCAGCCGAACAGGACAGUGACUAA